AUGAUGACUACUUCCAGGUAUCUAGCCACGUAUCCUACCUCCAUCACGGCCAAUAACCUCAAGGCAUGCUGCCAGUAUCAACUUUACAAUGGUAAAGCAGCCGAGGAUGCGUGUAAAGCGUUGAGUGAGCACAGCGCUGACCAUGGCGCUAAAGUAUAUAAUCAUAAUGAUAUACUCAGGCAUAAUAGGGUUGUAUUCCGUGAUGGGGAAGGGGCUCUUGAAAUAUUACCACAACUACUAGACAUAGUCCCGGAGGCUAGGUUGAAUUUGAUCAUAUACCAUCUAAGGGACCCUAAGGGAGAUCCUCAAGAGGCCCUCAAUCUACUCGAGGGGGUUAUACCUAGCCAACCACGAGAGCAUAUCCUCAAGGCUGUAGUACAUACUGUUAUAGGACAGCAACAAGGGGGGUCGAGAGCGUCGUUGCAGACAGCACAACAAGUCUUCAAUCUAGUUGGAGCGAGUGCUUCAGAAUGCGAUACAAUACCAGGACGUCAGUGUAUGGCAUCCUGCUUAUACCUGGGCAAGCAGUUCGAGGACGCUUUGGUGUACUUGAAGAGUAUCAAGGCUUAUUUCUCUGCUGAUGAUGAUUUCAACUGGAAUUAUGGUAUAGCAUGUGGGAGUGUUGGUGACUAUAAGGAAGCCCAACAAGCCCUCCUCUCGAUACAUAACACCCAAUAUACGUCUGAGUUCGGUUACCUCUCGUGGGUAUGCAGAUGUUUCAUCAUGAAUGGUGAUCCGACAUCAGCCUGGGAGUUGUACUGCCGUCAAGAGGCCUCCCCGUCUACGGAGAUAUUUAACCUACUGCAAAUGAUAGCUAACGACUGCUACAAGCAUGGCCACUUCUUUAUAGCCUGUAAGGCUUUUGAUGUGCUCGAGCGACUCGAUCCUGAUCCCGAAUUCUGGGAUGGUAAAAGAGGCUCCGCAGUAGGAGUCUUCCAGUUGGUUAUAGCCGGCAUGGCCCCAGCCGAACAACUACAGCAGGUGGUUGAUCUACUACGAGGUACUAGGGUGCAUCAAAUACCACAAGUCGAGUACAUCAUAAAUAGAGUCUUCAAGAAGUGGGCUGGCGAGAAUGGUGUCUAUCUUGAGUAG